UCUCUCUCCCUCUCUAAAAAUCCAAGCUUUUCCAAAUUCCAAUUAUUCGUCUUGAACCCCAUUACUUCCCUAAUCUCUCCCACUUUCUUUACUUUAACUCCUCCACUUCCCAAACCUCACAUUGCCAUUUCCCACACUUCUUCUCUCUGUUCUCUCUCUCUCUCUCUUAAUGGCAGCGAAGACCUCCCUCAUUCUCUGCCUUGUGGCCAUCUGGGCCGUCGCUCUGGUUCACGGCGCGUCGUCUUCUGCUCACCACGCGCCGUCGCCUGCCCCGGACUGUUCGAGCCUGAUAACGAACAUGGUGGAUUGCUUGUCCUUCGUCUCUAGCGGAAGCAACACCACCAAGCCACAGGGUUCGUGCUGCUCUGGCUUCAAGACUGUGCUUAAGUCCAAUCCUGACUGUAUCUGUCAGGCAUUCAAGAGCAGUUCUCAGUUGGGUGUCACCUUGAAUGUCACUAAGGCUUUGACUCUUCCUGCGGCUUGCAAAGUCUCUGCCCCUGAUUUUUCUAGCUGUGGAUUGUCUGUAACUCCUGCUGCUGCUCCUGGCAUGUCUCCAUCAUCUUCAGCUGCAGUGCCCGGUAUGUCUGGUUCAGGGGCCACGAGCGAGAUAUCUCCAACAGCAGCACCGGUGCCAUCUCCGGGAAACUCAGCACCAUCCAUGGUUCCAAUUUCAGCAGGAUCAUUGCUUGUCUGCAUACUUGCAGCCAUAUUCUUCUCAGGCUUUUGAGAGCCAAGCCUCUUGCCCCAUUUUGCAUGAUAUUAGAUAAACAUGACAUACGAGGCUGAGGGACUAUAUUGAUGUUAUCUGAUCUGAGAUUUAUCUUAGCUAUUUAACUUUUCCUCAUUCCAUGUGUGUGUGUGUGUGAGACCUUACCAGUAGAUAUUAUUGUUCAUUAUGUGGUGACUCAGACUUUUGGUGCAUGUACCUCUUUUUGUUAUAGGUGUGUGUGUGUGGGUGGUGAUGUGUAGUUGGAGAGAAUGAUUUGGUCAAUGAUAAGUUUAUGGUGAUA